UAAUUUCAAAAAAACCUUUUUUAUUCAUUUUGAUUUUUUGAUUCUUUCUUUUUCUAUUUUUUUUUUCCACCUUUUGUAGUUAGGGAGGUGUAUUUACUGUUUGUUGUUUAUGUGAUGCAGUAAGAAUGAAGUUCGCAAAGCAAUUGGAAACAGAAUCUGAGAGCAUCCCUUCGGAAUGGCGUCCUUACCUUAUUCAAUACAAGAAACUGAAAAAGUUAAUCGCUAAAGUAGCCGACGAAAUUGAAAAACAUGGUAUGUCAGUUUCUAUGUUACAUGAUUGUCUGGAUAACUCUGCCGAACGAGCUUCUUCUAUGACAACAACUAGAUCACCCAAUAUCAAUGCUCCUCAAGUCCAAUAUUAUUUUACUGGUGAAGCCCCUAAUAUUCGACCUUGUAUUCGAUUUACUUAUGAUAGCAGCAAUACCAAAGUAAUGGAACUUUUAUCGAAUCUAAUCAACGAUCAAGACAAAACCUCGGAAAGGAUCAUUGAUAAAACGACUUGUUCAACCAAAGACAAAACAAACCGUGGACCCUUGGAAUAUCAACGGAGUCAAGAUAAUACUGAUUUCUUUACCUUAUCGCGUAUAGAUACAGACGGUGAUUCUGAUGAAUAUACUACCCAUAGUGUUACCGAUGAUGACAAUAGUAUCAGCCAUAGCAAAAAUGAUAACAGUAUACCUAGCAGCAUUGAUCAAUCGGCACCCUUAAUAUCAUCUACAUCUUCCUCUAUGGUACCCUCCCAUAUGUUGACACCAGAUAAUAGCAAUAUCAAUAACACUUUGUUGGACGGAAAUCGACGAAGAAGCUCAGCGGCCAGGGUGCUUCGUGAUUUGACAGAAUUGACUUUGAAGAAAGAAGGGCAAACCAAAUCUCCUGGACAAAUGCGAAGUCUUGUAGUGGAAUUGGAACAAGAUGAUGAAUUUUUUUACAUGUUGAUGACAGAAUUACAAAGUGCAGUACAUUUACAACAUAAAGCAUCCAAUCGUUUUGAAGCUGAUAUCAAUGAACUUGAAAAGCGUAUGGUGAAAAUAGCAUCUCCCAAUCAAAAGUCAGAUAUGUAUGCAUGGCGAAAAAUAUUCAGUAUUUAUAUGGAUGCUCAAAUCUUUCAAGGCAAAAUGGAAUCAGAUCGAUCUAUGCAUUCAGUACAAAAGGCAAAACAACAAAUGUCUUGGUUUACAACUCAACUACAAAGAGAAAAUCUGAUAUCGAAACUCAAAAAUGGCGCAUCCAAGUCUGCCUUACAACAAUUUAUGGCUUUGAACACGGAAUUAAUUACAAUGAAACACUAUCAAGCUUUGAAUCAAACUGCUAUGACCAAGAUUUUGAAGAAACAUGAUAAACGGAGUGGAUUAACUGCAAGUACUAGCUUCCCAGAUUUUGUUGGAUCCAGUCAAUUUUUCACACCUACCCUCGCCAAGUUAUUAUGUGCCGCCAUAGUGGAAAAAAUAACUACGAUCAUUCCUCAACCUGAUGAUUAUUCAUGUCCUGUAUGCAUGAGUAUUGCGUGGAGACCAAUCCGUCUUGUCUGUGGCCAUGUGUUUUGUGUACGAUGUUUGAUCAAGGCGCAAAAGAAGCAUAUGGAUAGUUGCCCAAUGUGCCGUCAUCCAACUGCUGUCCAAACUGCUAGUGCUUUGAAUCUGGAUGAACCUCUACAAAACUUUUUAUUGAUGUAUUUCCCCAAAGAAAUCAAACAAAAGAAAAGGGAAAACGAACGGGAACAAGCAAUUGAAGAUGUUGAAGCAUUUACUGGAAGAACAUUCUCACCUGAUCAAAUUGCAAGGAUGAAUCGUGACAAUCACCAAAAUUGUACUAUUAUGUAGAUAGCAUAGAUUUUUUUUUUUAAUUAGUUUUAUUUAUUUAUUACUCUUUUCCAUA